UUUCUUUUCUUUUCUUUUUUCUUUCCUUCUUUUGGUCCGACAACAUGAAUGUAUUCAAUAGACUUAAAUCCAACUCAAACGCAAGUCUGAAGCUUCCAGAGACUGGACUUGUGGAAAAAUUCGGUCCGGUUAUUCACGAACCCAAGCUAACGCCGACCAACAAGUAUACACCCGUUCAACAGGCAACACUGACAAGUGAACAAAAGGAUAAACUUGAAAAACUAAGGAAUUAUAUUGAAUCAAUCAUGCUUCCAAAGGACCAUGAGUACUAUCCUAAUGAGAGGGGGUUUAUUACCGAGGCAACCUUGAAAAGAUAUAUGCGGGCGAGAAAAUGGGACUAUGAGAAUGCAAAGACGAUGUUGGAGAACACAGUACGUUGGAGACGUGACUAUCGUCCUGAUCAACUAGAUCCCGAGUACAUCAAACCUGAAGCGGAAACGGGUAAAAUGUAUUUUAACGGGUUUGAUAAAUGCGGUAGACCUGUCUGGAUUAUGAGACCCCGACUUCAGAAUUCAAAAGACGCAGAUAGACAGAUUAAACAUAUCGUAUUCAGCCUAGAACGAGGAAUUCGGUUGAUGCCAGAAUUAGUAGAAAACUUGGCCAUCAUUGUUGACUUUAAGGAUUCAUCAGCUUCGCAUAAUCCAAGUGUAGCUACUUGUAAAAAGUUUUUGGAUAUUUUAGGAAACCAUUACCCUGAACGACUUGGAAUUGCUUUUGUCGUCAAGUCUCCAUGGUUCUUUUUUGCUACUUUCAAGGUGAUUUCACCCUUCAUGGAUCCAGUGACGAAAAAUAAGAUCAAGUUUGUCUAUGAUUCGGAAAAGGAAAAGGAUACAAAGAGCACGAGUAAUGAAUGGGUUCAUAUACAGGAUUAUAUCGACCCAGAUCAAUUAGAAUGUGAUUUUGGUGGUAAAUUCAACUAUUUAUUUGAAUUGGAGCCUUAUUGGUCAGCACUUCUCGAACGAACUGGAAAUCCAUAUAAAGUUAUUGAGUAUAACUAAAAUGGAACAUGUUUGUAAUAGAUUUUGUGAAAAAAUGCAUUAAAAAAUAACAGAGAACUGUG